CUGCGGCAACUUCCGGUCGUAACGGCUGCUGGAGUGAGGUGGUGGUGGCGGCGGCAAGAUGGAGACUAUCCUGGAGCAGCAGCGGCGCUACCAUGAAGAGAAAGAGCGGCUCAUGGACGUCAUGGCCAAGGAGAUGCUCAUUAAGAAGUCUACGCUCCGGGACCAGAUCAACUCGGACCAUCGCACUCGGGCUAUGCAGGACAGGUAUAUGGAAGUCAGUGGGAACCUGAGAGAUUUGUAUGAUGACAAGGAUGGGUUAAGAAAGGAGGAGCUCAGUGCUAUUUCAGGACCAAAUGAAUUUGCAGAAUUCUAUAAUAGACUUAAACAGAUAAAAGAAUUCCACCGGAAGCACCCAAAUGAGAUUUGUGUGCCAAUGUCAGUGGAAUUUGAGGAGCUCCUGAAAGCCAGAGAAAAUCCUAGUGAAGAGGCACAAAACUUGGUGGAAUUCACAGAUGAAGAAGGAUAUGGCCGUUACCUGGAUCUUCACGACUGCUACCUUAAGUACAUUAACUUGAAAGCAUCUGAGAAACUGGAUUAUAUCACAUACCUGUCUAUCUUUGACCAGUUAUUUGAUAUUCCCAAGGAAAGGAAGAAUGCAGAGUACAAGAGGUACCUGGAGAUGUUGCUCGAGUACCUCCAGGACUACACAGACAGGGUAAAGCCCCUACAAGACCAGAAUGAACUGUUUGGGAAGAUUCAGAAUGAAUUUGAGAAGAAGUGGGACAACGGUACCUUCCCAGGCUGGCCGAAAGAGACAAGCAGUGCACUGACACACGCUGGAGCCCAUCUUGACCUCUCUGCAUUUUCCUCCUGGGAGGAGUUGGCCUCUUUGGGUCUGGACAGACUGAAAUCUGCACUCUUGGCUUUAGGACUGAAAUGUGGCGGUACGCUGGAAGAGCGGGCCCAGAGGCUAUUCAGCACUAAAGGCAAGUCCCUGGAAUCACUCGACUCCUCUCUGUUUGCUAAGAAUCCCAAAUCAAAGGGAACCAAGAGGGACACUGAGAGGAAUAAAGACAUUGCUUUCCUUGAAGCCCAGAUCUAUGAGUAUGUAGAGAUUCUCGGGGAACAGCGACAUCUCACUCAUGAAAAUGUGCAGCGCAAACAGGCACGGACAGGGGAGGAAAGAGAGGAGGAAGAGGAAGAGCAAAUAAGUGAGAGUGAAAGUGAAGAUGAAGAGAAUGAGAUUAUCUACAACCCCAAAAACCUGCCCCUGGGUUGGGAUGGCAAACCCAUUCCGUACUGGCUGUAUAAGCUGCACGGCCUCAAUAUAAACUAUAACUGUGAGAUCUGUGGCAACUACACCUAUCGAGGACCCAAGGCCUUCCAGCGGCAUUUUGCGGAGUGGCGUCAUGCUCAUGGCAUGAGGUGCUUGGGCAUUCCAAAUACAGCCCACUUUGCUAAUGUGACCCAGAUUGAAGAUGCUGUCUCUUUGUGGGCCAAAUUGAAACUGCAGAAGGCUUCGGAACGAUGGCAGCCUGACACUGAGGAGGAGUAUGAGGAUUCCAGUGGAAAUGUUGUGAAUAAGAAAACAUAUGAGGACUUGAAACGCCAGGGACUGCUCUAGUGUCUUGAGGACGAGCUCGGUGACUGGCAGAGCAUCCUAGGAUUUGGCAUUUUUUUAUUCCACACAAGCACAUGUUCCCAAAGACUGCUACAUGACCUAACGUUCUACCAUGUGUCUUGUGAAGACAAGAAUUGCGGACAUAGUGAAGAUUUGAAAUAUGUUUAAAUUUUCGUUUUAUAUUAAAAAGGUUCUGCAAAAAAAAAACACAAAAAAACUAGAUUUGAUUUGAAUGUGGUGCGUCUGAAAGCCUCGUAGGGAAUCCAGUUCUUCGGGCCAUUAGUUCCUGUCACUUUCUGUGCCUAGUCUGGAAGGUCAGAGGUUGAAAAGAAGAAGGAACUCUGUCAGAAUAUCAGAAAUCGACAGACUUCUCUAUCGUUAAUGUGAAGCCAACACAGAGCUGCCUCAGGGCCCUCCUCAGGGAACCACCAAGCACCAUUGCUCUCCUCUCUUUCUCCUGUCCCUUUUCACUGGAGGACUUCUCUCCCGAUGGCCCCUGGGGAGCCCCAUGCUUAAUUGUUGGAGCCCCAGCACCUGCUUUCUCAUACGGGAGGAGCCUGUGAUCUCUAACUCUGUGUUUUCAGUGCCCUCCUUAUCUUCACAGUCAGUCAACAUGCAUUUAAGGUCCUGCUAUGUGCUGGGCCUGGGGGAUACAGGGACAAAUGAUGAAACGCUCUUCACACUCUUGACAUGGGUCGGAAUUUUCUUGUGGCUCCUCAGAUCUUUUGCUCCUUAUUUUUAUUGUGUAGCUUUUUUUUUCGCUCAAAGAGCACUUCUCCCUGAUGACCCAGAGAGAAAAAGGGUGUUCCUCCGGCCUCUGCCCCUCUUCUAGGAGGGUGGCCAGGCUACACCUUGAGGACAAUUUGUGGUUCCUUGGCCACCACAGAAAGACAAACAUGCCUUCUCUUCUGGAUACCGAAAUAGUCUCCUUGCCUUCCAUUCUGGUAGGAAGUAAGAUCUUUAGUCUGUAGUCCUCCCUCACUGUCAUGGGAAGGUAUUGUGAUAGAUGAUCUCGGAAGACAGGUUGCUGUGGUAAACUGCCUGUCGGCCUUGCCGGCUCACCUCCCUAGAGGCUGAACCGUUCAGCAAAGAGUCUUCUUAUCUUUCCUUCCAAGACCUGCUUUGGUUCAGUACCUAAUGUACCUUGCAUACAGCAGGCACUUGAUAAAUAUGCCUUGAAUUGUCUAGUUUCAGUCAGAGCUGCUACCUGCCAAAUGCCUCUUCCCCAUGAUAC